CUUUUUCUAAGGCUUUUCAUGCAUAGACUCUUACUGAACAAUUUUCACCGGGCGAUGGAAUUGUUCCCGUUUUUAUGAAACUACACGCACAAAACAUUUUUCUCUAACACAUUUUGACGAAUAAAAUUAAGUCAAUUCUCAUUUCUCUUUUGUUCGGUAAUUGAGUUUGAACGCGAUAUAUUUUCUAAUGCAGAACUCUAUAGGUUCUAAUUUGUCCCCCAAGAUUUCCGAGUUAUCGCCAAGACGACAUUCAAGGAUCGUAGAAUCCGUCAAUUACAGGAAACUUUAGCUGAAGGUGGUGUCGACCUUGCAGUGCGUGUGAUCCACCACACAAGGGUCUAAUAGAGGAAAACAUAGACACCUUGACACUGACGCUGGAAAACAUUAUUGUCUAUUAGUAGCGAAGAGUUCAUCACGGACAAUGUGACGGGAAAACGUCCUCGACUCUCAGAUUCCUAUGUCACCUGUCAGCAUAGCCAAUCGUAUAAUAGAUAAGUGCCGAAGCAGAAACUCUUUCCUAAAACCAAAGAGAAACGUUCGAUCCAAUAGUAGAGGAAGUUUCCAGGCCAAAACACUCCGCUUCGGAACCUGGUCAGUGUUCUGGAAUUGGUUGUGUGUUGGCUGGCUAACAACCAUGGCUGCCAACGUCCUUCUCCCCAUUCUUUUCCCGCUCUCUGAUGAAUUGGACUAUCCGAAUGUGACAAAGUUCCUGCGCAUCGGCUUGGCAGACAAGAACGACCACCCUCCGUUCUUCGAGCAGUCGCUCUACGAGGUCGAACUCUUGGAGGACCAGGCCGUGAACCAGACUCUACUCACCCUAACAGCCAACGACCUCGAUGAAGUAUCGCGAAUGCAUUAUGAAAUUAUAGAAGGAAACGAUGAUAAAACGUUCGCCAUCGGAAUAUUAUCUGGAGAGUUAUACUUGACGCAGCCCCUCGACUACGAAACGAGAAGAAAAUACGACCUUGGCCUCCUCGUGUCGGACGGGAGACAUGAAAGUGACACCCGCUUAAUCAUUCACGUUCUGGACGUGAACGACAACCCUCCGCUCUUCGACCGACAUCUGUACGAGACGCGUAUCACGGAAGAAGACGACAAAGGUUUGCCCAAACACAUUCUGACGGUGACAGUUACGGACGGUGAUUAUGAUCGGCCACAGAACGUUGUUUUCUCCCUCUCCGGUCAGGGUAUUGACGUGGAAAAUCCAGAAAAUUCUCAUUUCCACAUCGUCCCUUCCACCGGAGAAGUCUUCGCCAGGAAGCCUCUGGAUCGAGACUACCCUGGAGGAAGACCCAGCUGGGGUCUUACUGUCUUUGCCCAAGACGAAGGAGGUACGGGUCUAGUGGGAUAUAGCGAAAUAGUUGUCAACCUGAAGGAUAUUAACGAUAACCCACCGGUUUUUUCAGAGGAGCUAUAUUAUGGCAACAUCACCGAAAACGGUAGUUACGGCCAGGAGGUCAUCGCAAUGACCGCCGACGACUACGAUGACCCCAACGAGGGUACGAAUGCCCAGCUGACUUAUUCCAUAGAGAAGAACGUCAUUCAUGAAGUCACGGCAAAGCCCAUCUUCAUGAUAGAGCCGGAGACUGGGGUUGUCAGGACUGCUGUGUGUUGCCUAGACCGAGAGAAGACUUCUAGUUACUCCGUUCAGGUCGUGGCUAUGGAUGGAGGGGGUUUGAAAGGCACUGGAACAGUGAGUAUCCAGGUACAAGACAUCAAUGACAGGCCGCCAAGGUUUACAAAAGACGAGUGGGUUGUAGAAACUGAUGAGACCGAUAGCCUCAACCUACCUACAGAACCAAUUCUUACUGUAACUGUCUACGACGAGGAUGAAAAUAAUACAUUUGCCUACAAAGUGGUCGAUUCUUCGGGGUAUGGUGCAGAUAAAUUUCAAAUACUGACAAAUGAUGAUGGUACGGGGUCACUUGUUGUUGUGAAGCCAUUAGACUUUGAGGACCCCCGCCAAGCUCAUGGCUUUAGGUUUCAGAUUCAGGUCAGUGAUACAGGAGAUGACGAUUUUCCUGAGAGCUACCACACUGCAAAAUCUUGGGUGAAGGUGAGACUAAAAGACAUCAAUGACAACAAUCCACACUUUAUCAGACACACUUCUGAAGUCCAGGUUUUAGAAAACGUUCAGGUUGGUAAGAAUAUAGUACAAAUCAAAGCAAGAGACUUUGACAAGGGCGGUAAAAGUAAGAUUUCUUAUUUAAUAGAACGCUUCUCUGAUAAACACAGACAUUUCCAUAUCGAUGAGUCUGGACUGGUUACUGUACAGAGGGCUUUAGACAGGGAAGCCAAUCCUAAGCAUGUGGUCAAGGUCUUAGCUGUUGAUGAUGGCUCCCCUGCAAGGACAUCCACGGCUACGCUGACAGUCUCUGUGUUGGACGUGAACGACAAUGCUCCACAGGUUUCUAGUAGUUACCAGCCAGUUUUACCAGAGAAUACUCCUCCACUGAAAUUUGCAGAGAUUCUAGCAACGGAUGCAGAUGACCCAUUGAAAAACAAUGGUCCUCCUUUUCAUUUUAGCCUUAGUUCUGAGGCCUCAAAUGAAAUAAAGUCUUCCUUUAAAGUGGAAAGUGUUCCUGAUGGAGCAGAUGGACAAGGUAUGGCCGUUAUCUCUUCCCUCCGAGAAUUUGAUCGCGAAAUUCAAAAAGAAUACUAUGUUCCUAUUGUUGUUGCAGACUCCGGUGAACCACCAAUGAUUGGCACCUCAACAAUAACUGUUAUUAUUGGUGAUGACAAUGAUAACAUAAUGAAAGGUGGGACAAAAGACGUUCUUUUUUACAGUUACAAGGGCAGAGCACACGAUACUCAGAUAGGAAAUGUUUAUGUCUGGGAUCCUGACGACUGGGAUGUUGAAGAUAAGAAGUUUACAUGGGUCAGGCAUCCUCACCCUAAUUUUCGUCUUGAUGAAGAAACUGGAAUGCUAACAUUGAAAUAUGCAGCUAGUGAAACUUCGUACCAUCUUAAAUUUAAUGUGCACGAUAACAGGCAUCUUCAGUCUAAUAUAGAAGCUAAAGUGACAGUGAACGUGAAGCAUAUUGAUGAUGCAGCUAUCCAAAAUGCUGGAUCUAUUCGCAUUCAAGGUAUUGGUGAAACAGAAUUUAUUGGUAAAUGGAACUAUAGAAAGAGAGAAUACAUGAAAAGUGUUGCAGAUAAUUUUAAGGAAAAUUUGGCUGAAAUACUAGGAGUUAGUAUAAAUGAUGUCCAUCUAUUUAGUAUUCAGUUAAAACAAAGCAAACCACCUGUGACAGACAUAUAUUUCUCGGUAUUUGACGCAGAGUACCUCAGCUCAGUUGAAAUAAAUGGACUUCUCCUGAUGCAUAAAAAAGAAAUAGAGAGAAGACUGAGUUUGAACAUCAUUAUGGUGGGCAUUAAUGAGUGUUUUUAUGAAAAUCUCCAUUGUGAUGGGUCGUGCACCAGUAAACUUGAAGUGCUUAAACCUCACCAUUUGAUAGAUGCUAACAGUACUUCCUUUGUCGGUUUGCAAACGAAGGUCAUCCCUGAGUGUGUCUGUGGUGCUAGAGACUUUUCUACCGAAGAAUCGUGCCGUCCAAAUCCUUGUUAUAAUAACGGUCAAUGUAUCGAGGAAGAAGCUAGUAUAUACUGUCUUUGCCCUGAAGGGUAUGAUGGACCAAGGUGCCAAAUAUUAAGCAGAACAUUCAGUGGAAAUGGUUUUGCUUGGCUGCCUCCACUACAAACGUGUGAAAGUUCUCAUUUGAGUGUUGAGUUUAUGACGACGGAUCUUGAAGGCCUAAUAUUUUACAAUGGCCCACUGUUAUCACCAGAAAAGAACAAAAAUUUUGUUACAGAUUUUAUAGCAUUGGAAAUAGUGAAUGGAAAACUUAGGCUUCUGAUCAACUUUGGAUCUGGAACUUUGCUCCUUGGAGUUAAUAACUCUGACCCUCUAAAUGAUGGAAGGUGGCACAGAGCAGACAUCUUCUGGGAUAAAGAGGAAGCGAGAUUAGACCUUGACUACUGCAUGGAUGUAAAGCUUUCAGAAACUGAGAGCAAUAUGGAAGAGGCUGCUGACUUUUCUGUGUGCCAGUCUCGUGGCAGACUUCCUCCAUUUAAUGAGUACCUCAAUAUCAAUACCCCGUUACAAGUAGGUGGCUUAGCUCACACAACAUUUUUUAAAACAAUGUUCAGAAAUAACAACAACGUCCCUGCCGGGAAACCUUUCCAAGGCUGCAUUAAAAACCUUAUAAUGAAUAGUCAGUUUUAUGAUUUUGCUCAUCCAGGUCUUCAGAGAAACAGUGAAGCUGGGUGCUCUCAAUUUACAAAAUUGUGCAAUAAUAAUGCUACAGUUGUAGGCUGUGGAACAAAUGGAAUUUGUGACGGUUCCAUUCAGGAACCUGUGUGCGUGUGUCAUCCUGGCUGGACGGGACUUUAUUGUGAUGAAUCGACCGUUCCCACGUAUUUUGAGGAAAACUCAUAUAUCAAAUAUUCUUUAUCGUUUAAGCCAAAUCCGUUUCAUACAAGUUUCCAGUUAAGAUUUCGAACAUGGGAGGAGAAUGGUGAACUUUUUCGGAUAUCAGACCUCCUGGAACAAGAGUAUGGGAUUCUCGAGAUCCAGGACAGUCAUUUACAGUUUCGUUAUAAUGUGAAUAGUGUUAACCUGAAAGAAGAAGUCUUGUGCCUUUCCUCAAUAUUGGUGAACAAUGGAGCGUGGCAUGAUGUGAAAAUUGUGCGAUAUGGGUCAGUCGUUAUUCUCGCUCUAGAUGGUGGAGAGGGACGAAAAUACAACGAAACUUCCAAAUUCUUUGGCCACAUGUUCAUGGAUAUUGAUAAACAAGAGGGAGUGUUUGCUGGUGGCCAAGCCGAGUACUCAAAUGUCAACAUCUUUACGGUGCAUAACGAUUAUAAAUUUGGCUGCAUUGACGAUCUUCGACUAGAAGGGAAAACACUACCCUUACCUCCAAGCCUAAGUGGUACCCAGUGGGCUCAGGCAACUGUGAUUCAUAACAUCAGUUCAGAAUGUACUUCCCCUAGUCAGUGCCUUAACAUAACUUGUAUUGCACCCCUGAUUUGCAAAGACCUCUGGAUGAAACAUGAAUGUGGCUGUCCAGAAGGCACAUUGCUCUCUAAAGACAAUCGAGUCUGUCUCGACCAUGAUGAGUGCCUUUCUAGUCCAUGCAAGAAUGGAGGUAUCUGCCACAAUUUACAGCCAUCUUACAUAUGCCAAUGCUCACGUGGGUAUACGGGACCCAAUUGUGAGCUGACUCAAGAUAUCAGUACUUUCAAACCAAGUAUGCCUGCGCUAGCUGCCAUCAUUGUCUGUGUGAUAAUAAUCUUUGCUCUGGUAUUUGUAAUUAUUUUUUGUCUUCGACGAAAACGGCAACGGUCACCCAAAGAUACCACUUCAAACAUAAAACAGGAAACGACAGUAAAGUACAAAGAAAAAGGAGAUGGAGAGGGGGAAGUGACUAUACUUGACUUGACAGCCCUUCCUGCACCUAAUGUUGUAACGAAUGGUGGCAACUUCAUACCAAGAAUAGUACAAGAUAAGACAUCAAGCAGUGGCAUAACCAGCGUGGACGUUGUGGUGUGCAAGAGGGAAGGGAAAAAAUCUGUCACCUUGCAAAAGCCUCCCCAUUGGGAAGACCUUCGCAAUUACGCCUAUGAAGGAGGGGGAUCAACAGCCAGUUCUCUCUCUUCUCUAGGGUCUGGAACGGACAGUGGCGAACAAAGUUUUGAAUACCUGGCCAACUGGGGUCCUUGUUUCCUCCGUCUCGCUGCCCUCUACGCGGAUUGCGACUCGGAAGAGGAUGACGAGGAGCACGUCAGAGACCCCAGCUGAUGUUGUGCUAAUUCACCGCCAGAGUUCUGGAAGAGAUGGAAAGGGCGUUUAGGUGUCUGUUCAUAUGCUCUGUAUGAUAAAAUAAAACUUGAUGGUUCAACCUUUCAAGUAACUGCUUUUUUUGCAUACAUAAUCCUUUUACAUUACAAUCCAGCCACCUAAAAUUAGAGUACCAGCACCCGCAAGCAAACACA